AUGGUCUUAGACAACGCACAGCUGAGCGUGGACAAUGGCACCAUGACGAAGAGCUUGGUGGAGAUCAAUCCUGAUGCCAACACAGCUGCCCCCCCAACAGAACCGAAGGCCGAGGCACCAGAGCAGCCGGACCCCUCCAAGAUAGAGGUGGUCUCGGUGACAGAGGAAGACCUCCCCACUGUCGAGACCCCCAACACACUAAAUGUCAGCCCCCUGGGCAGCUUAGACGCUGACGCCCAAUCAGAGAACGAACCUGCCAAACCUGAAGAGUCCAAACCUCCAGCUGCACCCUGCCCGAGCAUGCCAAUCACCAAGGUGCAGACCUUUAUGAGCGAGGAUGACUUGAAGAAUAGCUGGAAGAGCAGACUGCUGGCUCAUCGCUUGGAGCUGCUCAUCUUCUCCUGCGCCAUUGUGGCCGUCAUUCUCGUUCUGGGCAUCGGCCUCGGAGUGGGUCUGAGCUGCGUGGGGAAGUUUCGCUGCGGCUCUUCGUCUCAGUGUGUCAGCGCCUCGGCUCAGUGUGACGGAGAGGUUCAAUGUGAAAACGGAGACGACGAGCUCGGCUGUGUGCGUCUGAGUGGGGGGAACUCGGUCUUGCAGGUUCAGAAAGGGGGGGUCUGGAGGACGGUCUGCUCAGAGGGCUGGAACAACCUGCUGGGGCUCUCUGCCUGCAGACAGCUCGGAUACUCCAGGUACGUGGAGUCAUUCUACGUCUCUCUGACCUCCAUCGAGCAUGACCUUCAGCUAUACCUGGUGUCCAUCAACCUGAGCCAAUCAGAGAUCAUUAAGCUGCAGAACGCCACAGCCUUCAGGUACAAAGCAGUCUACACUCCCUCUCGCCCACUAUGUCUGAUCCAGCCUUCACAACAGUGUCCUAAGUCUCUAGGACAUGGUGCAAGAAAGCUCGAGCCACCUAAGCCCUUCAAGAGGGGGCGUGAGUGUGGCUCCAGGCCUCGCUACAACACUCGUAUCGUGGGGGAACAUCUCCCGGGUGGGUCAGUUCCAUGGCAGGUGAGCCUCCACUUCAGCAGUGAACACCUGUGUGGAGGCUCCAUCAUCACAUCACGCUGGAUCCUCACUGCAGCUCACUGUGUGUACGGGUUUGCAGACCCCUCCAUGUGGGUGGUGCACGUUGGUCUGACGGAGCAGCCGGUGCACGGAGCUCAGUCUCUGUCUGUGGAGCAGAUCAUCUACCACGCUCGCUACAGACCCAAAGGACUCGACUACGACAUCGCACUCAUGAAACUGUCCUCUCCUCUGGUUUUUAACGGCCUCGUGGAGCCUAUCUGUCUGCCCAACCACAGGGAGGAGUUCCAGGCGGGCACCAUGUGCUGGAUCUCUGGUUGGGGGUCGACAGAGGAAGAAGGAGAGACAAGUGUUGUUCUGCGCUCAGCCACGGUGCCGCUCCUCUCCACUAAAACCUGCAACCACCCGGAGGUGUACAAGGGCCUCAUCUCCUCCUGGAUGAUCUGUGCAGGAUACCUGGAGGGAGGGACCGACUCCUGUCAGGGGGACAGCGGGGGUCCUCUGGCCUGUGAGCACUCGUCUGUUUGGAAGCUGGUUGGAGCCACCAGUUGGGGGAUCGGCUGUGCAAUGAGGAACAAACCAGGAGUUUACACUCGUAUUACAAGCUCACUCGGCUGGAUCAGACAGCAGAUGGAGAGAGGAGAAUCUCACAGCCCUGCGACUUUGAGCAAAGACGACUGA